GCGCGAGCACCUCGUAUGCACACAACGACAAAUUUGUAUCUAGUGUCGUUAGCAGUGACAGAUCUUAUAUAUACCACGACCGGAAUAACAGAGAAAAUUUAUAAAUAUCUUGGUUCGCCAAUUUACGGUGACUUUGUAUAUUCACUAGAUAUAUCUUGUAUGCUGGUACCUUUAAUCAAAAACACCGGGUUGUUUGCGUCGCAGUUUUUGGUUGCUGUAUUUUCAUAUGAAAGGUAUUGCGCGGUUUGUCAUCCACUGACGUCCCAUCGAAUCGGUUCGAAACGGCGUGCUUAUAAACACAUCACGAUCACCUGUGUAAUAUCAUUGGUACUUGCUGCUUCUAUAGUGACGUCCAGUGCUAAAAGGAUAGUGUAUUGCAUGGUCUGGCCCGCAGACGAGGAGACGUUGUUUCUCCCCGAUACAAGAAUUAUAUGCGCGCCGAUAAAAGAGGGGUAUAUGUGUUAUGCCGAGUUCGCUCAAACUAUUCCCUUUUUUACUGUUAUGAUUUUUAGUAAUACAGCGUACGUUUUAAUCAUACGAGAAAUAAGAAGCAGCGCCCGAAAUACAAAACUGAAGAGAGCAGACUCUAAACGGCCAAUUAAGGAGAGCAUUCAGAUUACAAAAAUGUUAAUAAUAAACGGUGCUUUAUUUUUCUUUCUAAUGGCGCCAUUUCAUACACUUUCAUUAUGCACUAUGAUCGGUAGAAUGCGCGGCGGUAUUUACGCAUUGUCAGACGACACGUAUAGGUGCUUGCUUCAGGCUUUUCGUAUUCUUGCUUACUACAAUGCUGUUGUUGAUCCGGUUAUCUAUAGCGCCGUUAAUCCCUCGUAUCGGAAUGCCAUGCACCACGUACUUUGCGCGCCAUUGAAACUAAAACGCAAAAGACAGAACUCUUCGUAUAGUAUGUCUUAUCUGCUUUCAGAACGCGACAGGAGGCCUUCAAACACACUUACAACAAGUAUUUAGGAAUUGGCUGUUACCUUUGUUACCAAUUACGAACUCGACACAACAACACAAGGCGCCCGGUUUUGUUGUAGUUAUGUCAUAAUGUACAGAACUACCGUGCAACAUUUACCACUAUGGUUAAGACAUACAGGUAGCAUUAGGGUUUCAAUAUCAUCAGGUUUUCGGGAUGUCCAAUCCUGAUACAAGCAUUUUAAUAUGACGACGCUUUAUUCCAGCCUGGCCUACAUAAACGGAAAAACUAGACUAAGCCAAGUUGGGUCACUCAUUGAACAAAUAGUGGAAGGGGCGGGGUCUAUUAAAACAUUAAACACAGUAGACAGUUGAAAUCGUUCUAAAUUACUUACUGUUCUACGUCGAUUAUCAAUUUGUAUACAAUACCUGUCUAUUUAAGGCUUAUUCAAGUGCUAUAACACAUCACAGUCUUAUCUGUAAGUGUUGCUCUGACGUGACAAUGUGUUAUUUAUUGCCGUGGGAAAAAGAACAGCAUCAACCAAUUGUGGUUUCUAUAGUUAUCGUUUGAGAAAUGCACUCAGAAUUUACAUGCACUUAUCGCUCAAGAUACGUUGAAACGUUAAAAAGCACGAACGCAAAACAAGUAAAACACACUGGAAGUGAAACAUCGUGUCAGAAUCGAUGUAUACUACGUAGGCCCCAGUAAUACAAACAGAUGUUAAAAUGGAACUUUCUGGUAAGCAUAGUCCCUUGUGUAUUAUUGCUUAUAUCUCACAAUACAGUACCAACUACCUGCGUUCCAUACAAUUUACCUCAUUGGCGACCGCGGCCGAUUCGGGCCAAGUACUGUACUCGGAAAGUAAAGCAUUCGACUUAUGAACACCAUUAAAAAAAACUCAAGAAUGUUGUCGUAAUCAUACAAAAUAAUGGUUUUACUUCAUAAAUCUGAACUGACUUUAAGUAAUCCGAAAUGUUGAUGAAAUGAUCAAUAGUAAAAAUUUGUAGUGUCUUAAAAAUUGUAUAUAAAACUAUUUAAAAUAAUUGUAUAUUUAACAAUUUUU